CUGAGAGCAGAGUCUCCAGGGUCCAGCUGUCUGUCUCUGAAGAGUGACUGGUCCAUGGAACCUCCUAUAUUCUUCAGUAAUGAACCUGGACCCUCACACACAAAAGUUCAGGACCACAGACUGAGAGCAGAGUCUCCAGGGUCCAGCUGUCUGUCUCUGAAGAGUGACUGGUCCAUGUUUGAGCCUCCAUGCUUCAGUAAAGAACCUGGACCCUCACACACAGAGGAGAGGAAGAGGAGGAGUCAUGUUUCUGAGGAGGAGCAGUCGUCCUGCUGUGCUUCGUGUCAGGACGUCCUGAAGGAUCCAGUCUCCACCAGCUGUGGACACUGGUUCUGCAGACAGUGCAUCACCUCAUACUGGGACCAGUCUGGUUCUUCAGGAGACCCCUCCUGUCCCCAGUGUGGACAAAGAUCCAGAACAGGAGCUGGAGCAGAUCGUGGUCUACAGGAGGUUUCAGAUGAACAUCAGCUCAGCCUGAGGAGGAGAUUUGAACAUGUGACUGAAGGAAGUGAUGCAACAGGAAGUAGAACCCUCCUCAACAGGAUCUACACUGAGCUCUACAUCACAGAGGGACAGAGUGAAGAGGUUAAUACUCAACAUGAGGUGAGGCAGCUUGAGACGGCUUCCAAGAAGAAGAUCCUCCACGACACUCCCAUCAGGUGCCACGACAUCUUUAAAGCCUCCACUGACCAGCAGAGACGCAUCAGAGUCGUCCUGACCAACGGCGUCGCUGGCGUUGGAAAAACCUUCUCGGUGCAGAAGUUCACUCUGGACUGGGCAGAGGGUUUAGAGAACCAGGAUGUGGUUCUGCUGACUGUGCUUUCGUUCAGGGAGCUGAACCUGGUGAAGGACCAGCAGCACAGUCUCCUCACGCUGCUCCGUGUUUUCCAUCCAGCGUUACAGAAGCUCACGGCAGAGACGCUCGCUGUCUGUAAACCUUUGUUCAUCUUUGACGGCCUGGAUGAAAGCAGACCUUCUCUGGACUUCAACCACAGGGAGCUUGUUUCUGAGGUCACACAGAGGUCAUCAGUCAACGUGCUGCUGACAAACCUCAUCCGGGGGAAUCUGCUUCCCUCAGCUCUCGUCUGGAUAACCUCCAGACCUGCGGCGGCCAAUCAGAUCCCUCCUGCAUGUGUUGACAGGGUCACAGAAGUACGAGGCUUCACUGAGGCCCAGAAGGAGGAGUACUUCAGGAGGAGAUUCAGUGAUGAAGAGCUGAGCAGCAGAAUCUUCUCACACAUCAAGACGUCCAGGAGCCUCCACAUCAUGUGUCAAAUCCCAGUCUUCUGCUGGAUCAGUGCUACAGUUCUGGAGCACAUGUUGACCACAGACCAGAGAGGAGAGCUGCCCAAGACCCUGACUGACCUGUACUCACACUUCCUGCUGGUUCAGACAAAGAGGAAGAACAACAAGUACGGUGAGGGACAUGAGACGACUCCACAGCAGCUGAUGGAGGCUGACAGGGACGUUCUUCUGAAGCUGGGGAGGCUGGCACUUAAACAUCUGGAGGAAGGAAACAUCAUGUUCUACCAAGAAGACCUGGAGCUGUGUGGUCUUAACGUCACAGAGGCCUCGGUGUACUCAGGAGUUUGUACUGAGAUCUUCAGAAGAGAGUGUGUGAUCUUCCAGAAAUCAGUCUACUGCUUUGUUCAUCUGAGUGUUCAGGAGUUUCUGGCUGCAGUCUACAUGUUCCACUGUUACACCGAGAGGAACACAGAAGAACUCAAGAACUUCUUGGGAACAUAUGUGGACACAGACAGUACCUUCUCCCUGGAUGACCUCCUGAUGAGAACCUUGAGGAAAUCCCUCAACAGUACAAAUGGUCAUCUGGACCUGUUUGUUCGCUUCCUUCACGGCCUCAGUCUGGAGUCCAACCAGAGAGUCUUAGGAGGCCUGCUGGGUCGGACGGAGAACAAUCCAGAGAUCAUCCAGAGAGUCAUCAACAACCUGAAGGAGAUGGAGAGUGAUGACAUUUCUCCUGACAGAAGCAUCAACAUCUUCCACUGUCUGACUGAGAUGAACGACCACUCAGUUCAUCAGCAGAUGAAACAGUUCCUGACGUCAGAGAACAGAUCAGAGGAGAAACUCUCUGGGAUCCACUGCUCAGCUCUGGCCUACAUGCUGCAGAUGUCAGAGGAGGUUUUGGAUGAGUUGGACCUGGACAAGUUCAAGACAUCAGCCCAGGGUCGACGGAGACUGAUCCCAGCUGUGAGGAACUGCAGGAAGGCUCGACUCAUUGCUCGUCUCCUCUCAGAGAUUCACUAUGAAGUCGUGGCCUCAGCUCUGAAGUCAGACCCCUCACAUCUGAGAGAACUGGAUCUGAGUGGAAACGACCUGCAGGAUUCAGAAGUGAAGCUGCUGUGUUCUGGACUGGAGAGUCCAAACUGUCGACUGGAGACUCUGAGGUUGCAUUGGUGCAGACUGACAGAGAUCAGCUGUUCUUGUCUGGCUUCAGCUCUGAGGUCAAACCCCUCUCAUCUGAGAGAACUGGAUCUGAGAGACAACUACCUGCAGGAAUCAGGAGUGAAGGAGCUGCUUGAUCUACAGCAGAGUCCAACCUGUCAACUGGAGACUCUGAGCUGGGAGGGGUCUUUGUAUAUCUGAGUGUGAAGAGGACAGUGUGUGUGGACGGAGGCUGAGCUGUGUCCUGAGGAUCCAGAGGCUGAAGCAGCAGCAGCUUGUGUGUAGUCUCCAAUCUACACAACCCCUAAUCUGCAUGUGUUUGUGAGAUGAAGCCGGAGCACCUGGAGAAAACACGUGGAGAACAUGCAGACUCCACACAGGAAGACCCAUCUGAACCGGAUUCAAACCAGCAACCUUCCUGCACCGAUUGUGUUUAUUCACAUGAGGAAUGUGUUUAUUGAAAUGACACAACACAAGCAGAAUAUAUAAUCCCUCUAUAAAGAGUCACAUACAGUGUGUUUAAGUUUGUCUUUAUUAUUCUCCACCUUUGUCCCUCAGUGUGUCUCCAUGUGUGUAGAACCACAUUCUGUGUAGAUGUUUGUUUAUGAUCUUAAAGUUCCAAAGAAGGAAGGCUGCCGUGUCUCCAGCUCUCCCACAGCUCUGCUCUUUUUUCUAUCUUGUUGUUAUUGAUUCUUCUUUAUGUUGCAUUGUGCACUCCGACAAAGCGAGCCCUAUCAUCAUAUGUGAUGGAGAACAACUUCUGCUCAUCGGGUUGACGGUGAGAAACACUUAGUCACCAGUGAAGACCUGGACCCAUCACACAGACUCCAUCAGGGAGACGGCCAGGCAGCGGCUCUUCUCCACAUGGACUCCAGGAUCCAGGUGCAGCACAGAGAGCAUCCUGACAGAAACAUCUUUGACAAACAUAUUUAACGUCUUCUUUGAUUAUUUGUUUAUGUCCAUGUCCCAUCUGCUCACAUGGAGGAGGAGGUUUAUGACCUAUACUGCAGCCAGACACCAGGGGGCAGUGUCAGUCUGGUUCAGCUCAUUUGUUAAUGGUGUGUUGAUGGACUGAUCUGAUUGGAUGUUCCCUAGUGGUUUUUUUUUUUUAUGAAUCUAGUUCCUUUGUUGAGCGCGAGCUGCUGUUUAAAGACGUGUUUGACCUUUGACCUGAGCUGACCCGACAGUUCACUGUGACGAAGAGGAUGAAGAUGUGUAGUAUGCAGGCACGUGCACAGACAUUUUGGGGGGCAGGUGUACAAACCAAAAAAAAAGGGCACCCAUCGCCAAAAUUGUUUAUGAAAUUAAAAAUAAUGAUAAUAAAUCAAUAAAAACUUUCUCAUUCUC